AAUUCCGUCUAUUCAUCGUAAAAGUCAAAACAUUUAACGCCAAUUCCAGCUGGCUCGUCCUAUAUAUUUCAGCACUUCUCUGUGGAUUAAUUAACUGGUUCUGCAUCUACUCUCUAAGUUUGCUGUCUCUAACAGGAUACUCGUAGUUGUCACGUUCUUUGUUUAUUUAUAAAACCACAAAGUUUCCGACAUCUCCUUCUUAUCUCAAAAAAGAGAGCCUUGAUCACAUGGCCGCUAUCGCCACCACAUCCAUCACUACCGCCCUUCUCAUCAUCUCCACCCUCCUCCACUUUUCCACCACAGCCUUUGCGAUCGGUGUCAAUUAUGGUACCCUAGCCAACAAUCUUCCGUCACCAUCUGAGGUGGCUAGCUUCCUUAAAACACAAACAACUAUCGAUAGCAUCAAAAUCUUUGACACCAAUCCUGAUAUUCUUCGCGCUUUUGCAAAUUCGAACAUCACCGUGACUGUCACUGUAGGUAAUGGUGAUAUUCCUGCUCUCGUCGAUGUAAAUACCGCCAGUCAAUGGGUUGCAAACAAUAUCAAGCCAUAUUAUCCGCAAACAAGGAUUAAACUCAUCGCUGUUGGCAAUGAAAUCUUGUUUACUGGUAAUAAAGAGUGGAUUUCUCGUCUCGUUCCCUGCAUGAAGUCCUUGCAUCAGGCUCUUGUUCAUGCUGGAAUCAAAGAUGUUCAGGUCUCAACUCCUCACACCCUCGGAAUUUUGCACAAUUCUGUACAACCAAGCGCUGCCCGGAUAAGGCCUGGCUAUGACAGGGUCAUAUUUGCACCCAUGCUCCAAUUUCUACGUCAAACCAAAUCCCCUCUCAUGGUUAACCCGUAUCCUUAUUUUAGCUACACUCCGAGCAUGGAAAACUACAUCCUCUUCAGGCCUAACCGCGGUGUCCACGACACCAGCACCAACAUUACCUACACGAACAUGUUCGUUGCAAUGAUGGACGCGGUUUAUUCGGCAAUAAAAGCAAUGGGUUAUGGUGACUUGGACAUUGUCGUCGCCGAGUCCGGUUGGCCCUCACUUGGAGACCCGAACCAGCCCAUGUGUACUGUGGAGAAUGCAGUCUCGUAUAAUAAGAACAUGAUUAAGGUUGUCACUUCAGGGAACGGGACUCCGUUAAUGCCUAAACGACGGUUCCAGACAUAUGUCUUUUCUUUGUUCAAUGAGAAUCUUAAACCCGGUUCAACAGCAGAGAGGAAUUGGGGUUUGUUUAGGCCAGAUUUUACCCCGGUUUAUGAUGUUGGGAUUAUGCGCAAUGGACAGUCCAACAGACCAACACCACCAUCACCUACAAAAAGCAAGAAAUGGUGCGUUCCGAAAGCUGACGCUACUGAUAAAGCCUUACAAGCAAACAUAGACUAUGUGUGCAGCCAGGGUAUGGAUUGCAAGCCUAUUCAAGCUGGCGGUGCCUGUUUCAGUCCAAACAAUGUCAGGUCCCAUGCAUCAUAUAUCAUGAACUCUUAUUAUCAAUCCCAUGGCCGCAAUGAUUUCAAUUGUGAUUUCUCUCAAACCGCUGUCCUCACCACCUCUGACCCAAGUCACGGCACUUGUAAAUACAAUUGAGUGAUAAUUUGGGAGUGUAGCUGACCACUAGCAAUGCAGGAAGGAUCACUAACCAAAAAGAAAGAAAAAACAGCGAAACAUUUGGCAUUUUAUUUGCCUGUACCAUCCAUUCUUUAUUGCUUUAAACAUCUGCUAUCUGUAAAAGGGAUUGGGCCCGUGGCAAGGGAAUCUUCCAUCUGCAUAGCAGCCCUGAAAGUAUAGUUAUAAAGUCAAGGAAUGACAAAUGUAAUUUUAUUAGCUGUGCUUAGACAUUAAUGUUUAUGAUGUCAGUGGUGCCCUCUAACAUUAUUGUUCACUCAUUUUCAUAAAUAAAAUCAAAGUUCUAUGCUGUUGGAACACUUUUGUGGCCUUCAAUAGCAGAGCUUCACCC